AUGGAAUAUCUCAAAGAACCUGCAUUAGUUGCAAAAGUACAAGAAUACUUUGGAGUGCAAAGGACACAGGUGAAUAAAUCAGGAAGCUCAACAAACUAUGAAAAAGGGUACAUAAUCAAAAACAAAUUCUGGUACUUCCUGUUUGUUUUCGGAACUGCAUUGGGAGAUGAAACAUUUUACUCAGUUUUCAUCCCCUUCUGGUUCUGGAACAUUGAUGGAGCUGUCGGAAGAAGAUUUGUGCUCACUUGGGCUACUGUAAUGUAUAUUGGUCAGGGUGUGAAAGAUAUAAUUAGAUGGCCCAGACCAGGGUCUCCAGUAGUGCAAUUGCAGAAUAAAUGGUCCCUGGAGUAUGGAAUGCCUUCCACACAUGCCAUGGUGGGAGUUUCUAUACCAUUUUCUGUUCUGAUAUUCACAGUAAACAGAUACCAGUACAGUGUUCCAUUGGGAUUGUGUAUUGCUAUCCUCUGGUGCUCUUUGAUUUGUACCAGUAGGUUGUACCUUGGCAUGCAUACAAUCUUGGAUAUCAUUGCUGGUUUGGGACUGGCGAUUGCCAUAAUGGCCUUCAUGAUACCUUUGAUAGACUAUUUUGAUGAAUAUUUGCUCACAAGUCCUACUGCCCCCUUUAUUACUACUAGUUACCUCUAUUUUGAUGAUAGUCUACUAUCCAAAUAGUGGUAAAUGGACACCAACAAGGGGCGACACCACCAUGAUAAUCUCAGUGUGCGUUGGAAUCCACGUGGGCGCUUGGCUCAACUACCGUACCGGUCUGAUGUCGCCCACCGAUCUGUCGCCGCCAUAUUUGAUCAUGUGGCCCACCUACUCGAUGCUCGGCUGUCUCCUUCUGAGAACCGUCAUCGGUUUUACCGGCGUUUUGCUCACUAAGAUCGCCUUCAAACACGUGACCUACACGUCGUUGUGCGCCAUCUUGCGGGAGGACGUCGAUAACCUCAAAAAGUCGGAGAAUACUUUGCAGAAUAAGCACAAGACUUUUGUUGAGCUCAGCUGCAAGUACGUUUAUUGCGCUAUGAUCGGGUUCAAUUCGUUGUAUUUGUUGCCGCAGUUGUUUAGGUUUAUGAGGAUUGAAAGGCCGACUUUUUUCACGGAAAUAUAA